AUGUCUUUAUAUACUGAAUUACCACAAUCAGCUCCACCAUAUUCCGAAGAAGCAACAGGAGUUAAUGCUAGUACUGGUACUAAUGCUCCACGUCAAUUUGGUGAUAAUAUUCCUGAUGAUUUCAAAUAUUCUGUUUCUGUAGCAUCAUGUGAAUUACCAUUACGACAAUUAUUUAUUAGAAAAGUAUAUCUGUUAUUAACAAUUCAAUUAAUGGGUAGUGUUAUUAUGGGAUUUAUUAUUCGAUCAUCAGAUCUGAUUAAAUUAUGGACCAUUAGUAAUACUUGGUUAUUAAUUUUAUCAUUUAUUGGAUCAAUUGGAUUUAUGAUUGGAGCAUUUUUUAAAGCUCGGUCUUAUCCAAUAAAUUUAAUUUUAUUAAUUGGAUUUACUAUAUGUGAAAGUUAUACUUUAGGAGUAACUUGUGCAUUUAUUAAUAGUAAUAUAUUAAUUGAAGCUAUAUUAUUAACAUUAAUUAUAUUUAUUGGAUUAACUAUAUUUGCUUUUCAAACAAAAUAUGAUUUUAUUAGUUGGCAAGGUAUAAUUGGUAUGAUAUUAUGGGGAUUAAUUGGUUGGGGGGUUAUUAUAAUGUUUAUACCUCAUCAACAAAAUUCUUUAAUGGAAAAUAUUUAUAGUUUUUUAGGAGCUAUGAUAUUUUCCAUUUAUAUUAUUAUUGAUACUCAACAUAUUAUGAAAACUUUACAUUUAGAUGAUGAAAUAAUUGGUUGUAUUUCAUUAUAUCUUGAUAUAAUUAAUUUGUUUUUAUUUAUUUUAAGAAUUUUAAAUAAUAAUCGUGAAGAUUAA